AUGAAUCAAAGAAGAAGAAAUAGAUUAUAUAGAACACCAUACCCAUUUCCUGCUACUACACCACAUGGAGAAGUUUUAACAACAAGAACUGAAGUACAUAAAUAUAAUAAACAUUUGCCUACAUCCCCUGACUUAAGUUUUCUUAAAAACUAUUCUAAAGAAUUACCUGAGAUUAAUAUAACUCAUCAAGAAGAUAUUUUAAAAGAUGCACAAAGGACAAUUGUUAGAAACUCACAUAAUAAACAAGAAAUGACAACUAAAUUAAUUCAUAUUUUAAAGUCUAUAGAAGCUAGUUAUGGAAAUUAUCUCCCUCAAUUACUUCAUCUUGCUGCUUCGUUACUUUUUGUAAGUAAUGAUGAAUCAAUGACAUAUGGUGUAUUAAUAGAAUUGAUAAAAAUAUUAGACGAUUAUUUUACUGACAACAUGAUUGGUAUUCAAGCUGAUGUAGAAUUAAUUAACAAAUUAAUUACUUUUCAACACCCAUCAAUUUCAAUUAUUAAUGUUAUGUCUUCAGUAGUUUGGAGAUGGUUAUUAGGUUGUAUGGCAUCAGACUUUCCAUUGUACACAACUAUUGAAACUAUUCAUUUAAUUUUACUUAAAGGAAGAUGUGGACUAGUAUCAUUAUGUUAUGGUUUACUGGAAAGGACAGUUGAAUUUGAUGAUCCUGAAGCAAUUAAAUAUUACCCAUUCACAGUCUAUCGUUUUGGAAAAGUUACUGAGAUUAUGUCAACUUAUCAAAUCCCAAAUUAUAUAUCAUUUCAUAAGCAAGAGCUUGAAAAAAUCAAAAUAAACCAGUCUUUUUCUCUCCAUUUUAAAAUCCAAUCUUCAAUCGAGUUGUUGGUCAAAGGUGUUGGAAAUAUUUUAUCUAUUUCUCAAUACGAAAGUGAAAAUAUUGUUAAACAAUGUAAUAACUUUGGAGCAAAAUCAUGUGAGUCUCUUGAAAAAAAGUUUUAUGACUGCCAAAAAUUGUACAAACUCUUUGGUGGGACUCGAAAUGAAAUGAAACAUCUUCAAUUAUUUGGAAUAAUUGUUUGGACAUUAGAUGGAACGCCAGAGUUAAGAUGUAAAAUUAUUUUUGAAAAUUUAAAUAGACUACAAAAAGACUCAUUAAUGUUUGCUGACCUUGAAACUGGUAUUAAAAGAUUUAAUGAUUAUUUGAUUAGUGAAAAAAAAGAAAGUAGUUGUAUUGACGUUCAUAAUCUUAGACUCAAAUAUCCAGUUCAAAACAUAACAAUAAAAAUGUUAAAUCUGAUGUGUAAGAAUGAGUUAUCAAUUUUGGUUGAAGGGUCAAAUUUAGGUAUUGAAGGGUCAAAAAUAAAAGACAAAAUAAUAGAAAUGUAUAGUUCAAUAUAA